AUGGCGGAAGGCCACCUUCUAAAAUCCUCAGGCCAGGUCACCUGCCAGGGCCAGCAGAUGUUCUACGAGCUUCUACUCAACAACACACAGUACAUGAUCAAGUUCUACGACUCCUUGGGCAAGGCACUUAACCAAAACACAACAAUCAAGCUGGCCGUUGAGCACAACAUCAGCUCACUAAAAGUAAUUGAAGCUCGCUACGACCUCAACCAAACCGUCCUAUCUGUGAAGGAAAACAUCGAAAUGCGCUUCGGCUCAGUAGCCGCCUAUACUAAGCUUCAACUCAAAGACCCCAAGGGUGCACUCAUCGCAGAAAUGAAUGAUGACAUGCGAACACUCGGAUCCUAUGGAGCAGCCACCGGAAUGGUCCUCUAUGUAAUCGACCUUAACCCCACCUCCAUUCAUAAAGAGAUCGAAAGCUUUGAGGGGGUGGAAAAAUAUGUCAUCAGCGAAGAAGAUUACGAUAAACUUCCCGAAAACUUCAGAAAAUGGAAAAAGGAAAUGAUUAAGAAAUAUCCCCAACUACUUGAACAAAAACAAGCAGUCGUUGCAACUAAUCAAUUCGACCCGGACUAUAUGUCCGAGCUCGCUAGCACUGUUUCUAUUGGAUCUCGAUGCAAGAUUGAAAGCGGAGCAAGAGGUAGUGUUGCUUUUGUGGGAAAAGUCGUCGAUUUGGGUCCAGGCUACUAUGUGGGAGUUGUUUUGGACUAG